GUGUGUGCGUGUGUGUGCGUGUGCGUGUGUGUGAUUGAAUACUGGUCGAUCGAGAAGAGAUCAGGUUAAAACAAGUUGAGAGGAAAACUAGUUGAACGCCAUGAGAGGUGAAGAAGAUCAGGUGAAGGUAUUGAGCUUUUAUUUGAGUCCAGUUUGUUGCAGAGUUGUGUGGGCUCUGAGACUGAAGGGCGUUGAUUAUGAGUAUGCUGAAGAAGACAUCUUCAACAAAAGCAACCUUCUUCUGCAAAUGAAUCCUCUUCAUAAGAAAGUUCCUGUUCUGAUUCAUCGUCUUAGACCAGUCUCUGACUCACUCAUCAUCCUCGAAUACAUUGAUGAGACUUGGAUCACCCCGAAUCCAUUGUUGCCUCAGCAUCCUCAUCACAGAUCUCUUGCUCGCUUUUGGGCUAAAUUUGCUGAAGAAAAGAUUUUGUACGGUGCAUUUCGGGCCAUGUGUUCUGAUGCGGAUAACAAAGAAAAUGCAGCAGAAUUAGUACGGGAAGACAUGGAGAAGAUCGAAGAACUAAUAAAGGGAAAGAAAUUCUUCGGAGGCGAAAAUAUUGGGUACCUUGACAUUGCGUUUGGAUGGAUGUCUUAUUGGCUUCCAGUAUGGGAACAAGUUGGAAAUAUGCAAAUAUUGGAUCCUUUCAAAUGUCCAAACUUGGCCUUAUGGAUGAGCAAUUUCCUUAAUCACCCAAUUGUCAAGGACACUUUACCUCCAAGGGACAAAAUGGUCCUUUACUUCCAUGAUCGUUUCGUGGCACGUAAUAAUUAGACAAUGACAAUAGUUCAUGAUUAUAAUAAAUGAUUAGAGGAGAUUACUUGUAAUGCAUAAGAGUUUGAAAAAUAAGGCACAUUAUAUUGUUAUAACUCAUGGAUUAAUACAAAUUACCUUUGUAUUUAACUAGUUUUUGGUACCCGUAUAUUGCACAGGUAGUUUCACGGCCAAGUAUUUG